AUGCAUACCUUGUUGUUCGUUCCGGCACUGGUCCUUGCGGGUAUUGCAGUGCGACUGGUGAUCUCCUUCGCCCUGUCAUGGAGAAAAGCUCGUAAUGCCCGCAGACUAGGGUGCGAAGAAGCCCCCUUAUACCCUAGCAAGGACCCCUUUGGUUUUUCCAACCUCCUGGAAACACUGCGUGCGGAUCGAGCAAAAGUUCUUCCUGAACUAGCCGAACGACGUAUCGACCUACUGUCGCAGAGACAUGGCAGAUACAUCUCCACCUUUCGAGUCCGACAACCAGGGAAAGAAAGCUUGUUCACCGCGGAUCCUAAAAACAUACAGGCCAUGUUGGCCACCCAAUUUAAGGACUUUGGGUUGGGGGAUGGACGGCGGAACGUUGGGGGCCCGCUUGUUGGCCGUGGCAUUUUCACCACAGACGGUGAGGCAUGGUCGCACUCGAGAUCACUCCUCCGACCUCAGUUCACACGGGCCCAAGUGAGUAAUCUCGAUAUGGAAGAACGUCAUGUUCAAAAUGCGAUGCGCGCACUGCCAGUCUUGUCGAACGGUUGGACUCGCGCAGUGGAUAUCCAAACGAUUUUCUUUCGGCUCACCCUGGACUCGGCGACGGAGUUUCUGUUCGGGAAGAGCUGCGACAGUCAGUUGGCUGCUGUGAGGACCGACGUCGGCCGCGGGUCUGAUAGCUUUCUGUACGGAUUUGACCGUUCGGUGUGGUAUCUGUCGGAACGACUUCGCUUCGACAGAUUCUACUGGCUCGUCGACAAUAGAGAGUUCCGCGAAAGUAUCCGGAUGGUGCACGCCUUCGUGGACAAGUAUGUAAAUGCCGUGCUGGAGAGACAGGCGGGCGACACAAAGCUCCCUGAUAGCAGCCAAUCCACAUCACAGUAUGUCUUUCUGGAAGCGCUCGCGGCGUCGAGCAAAGACCCACUACAGCUUCGCUACGAAUCCCUCAAUGUUCUUCUCGCAGGACGUGAUACGACCGCGUCGCUGUUGAGCUGGGCUGUGCUCAUCCUCGCUCGCCGGCCCGACAUCUUUUCCAGACUCCGGAAAGACAUCGUCGAACAGUUCGGCACCUACAAGACGCCACGGGGAAUAACCUUCGCUUCUUUGAAAUCGUGCCAGUAUCUCCAGCACUUUAUCAACGAGACACUGCGUCUCUACCCGGUCGUCCCGUUCAACCGUCGAUGUGCAUUAAGGGAUACGACCCUCCCGUCUGGUGGUGGGAAAGACGGCUCGUCGCCUAUUUAUAUCCCAAAAGGUCAGCAGGUCCUUUACGGCAGCUAUGUCCUGCAACGUCGAAAGGACAUCUGGGGCGAUGAUGCUGAGGCGUUCAAUCCCGAUCGGUGGAUUGGGCGGAAGGUGACCUGGGAGUACAUCCCGUUCAAUGGAGGGCCCAGGACAUGCAUCGGUCAACAAUUCGCCCUCAUCAAGACUAGUUAUGUAUUGGUGCGGCUGCUUCAACGUUUCGACUCCAUUGUGGAUGUGCACGCUGACCAGGAAAUUCGGUACGGCGUGGCACUGACAUGCGCGCCAGCAGACCUGGUGACUGUGAAGCUACAUGAGGCGGAUGAUUAG